AUGAAAAAUCGCAAUUGCAAAACUAUCGCAUCAGCAUGCUACGUUUGAAUGCAUCCGUGCACAGUUGGUUAACAAGACAGGAACGGAAAUUACAGGCAGCUUUGAUUGACCAAGAGUUGAAAGAGGCUUCAGUUAAAGUAGCUGCAGAGAAUAAAAUUUUAGUAGAAGAAAAAGAAGAAGCAGAGUCCGAACAAAUGGAAGUAGCAUUAAGGCAGGAAAUGGAACCAGAUGAAGCAACACCGCUUGCAUCACCAGACUCAACUACAAUGAGAAUCACAGUCACGGAUAGUAAUGGUAAUCAAUUGGAAACACUAUCAACUACUUCAAAUGCCAGCACAGUAGCUACAUCUACAGUUGCAAUAGCAACUACAACUACUAACUUGGAUAAGCAAUGGGAUCUACCUUCACUAAUGAAUUCAGAGAAUGAGUUCUACAAACAUUUGAAGGAUGAAGUUGCUGAUAUGUAUCGCGCUUGGGAUGAAGCCAGUGAAAGAGUAAACGGCAUGAUUAGCGAGCUGGAAGAAUCUAUAAUAGCUUGGCGUUUGUUGGAAACCGGGCUUAUGGAAUUCCAUGCUGUUCUCGGUCAGGAUCGUGGCACAUUGAAAGGUUUGGAAGGUGCUUUGGAUAAAGGUCAAACCACACCUGUUGAAUUGGCACAAAAUGUAAGAUUGGUGGCAAAAUUAUUGUCAGAGAAUGUGCAUGUUAGUCCUGAACAGCUCACCGCUGUACAUGAACAUUUGGAUCCAAACCAUAUGCUGCACAUAGCAAAAUUUACAGCAUCCAAUGGUUCGCUAUCAGAUUCAGGUAUAUCCGAUGGUGGUGCUACUUCUGAUGGUGGGUUAUCAGAACGUGAACGACGUUUGAGCGCAUUACGACGCUUAGCAAAGAAACUGGAAUCAUCAUUAGCACCAGGUAGUAAUGCUGUCAAAUCAAUUGCAGCACGCAUGGAAUCAGCUGAAGCAGAUUUGAAAAAUUUACAAAACACUUGUCGUGACUUAAUCGUACGCACCGCAACAUCGCAUCAAAAUAUGAAACAACAACAAUUGGAAGCUCAACAACAAAAAAUUACAAAACCGAACAAUGAAAGCACAGUGGAGCAACAGCAACAGCAGCUGGAGCAACAAAUAAACACACAACAGCACAAAUGUAAUGGUCAUGUACCGAAUGGUAAACAAAAUGCACAACAACAAAAUGCAGCUUCCAAACGCAAAAACAAACGCAAGCAACGACCUCCAAAUGGUGAACAAAACGCAGCGAACAAAGGCGGUACUUCGAACAAGAAAGCAACAGAGCAUAAAACUAAAGCUUUAGCUUUAACGGGCGCACCUGAUAGCGGUGAUCCAUCAGAUGACGAUCCAGCAUUGGAAUUUGAUAUGGACUCUUCCGAUGAUGAACACAACAAAACGCCCAAAAAUAGUUGGGCACGUCGUAUAGCUAGAGCAGCGGUACCAGUACAAUUGGCAUUAUUCACCGUUUUCUGCGCCGCUUGUCUUAUGCAGCCAAACUGUUGUGACAACCUCAAUAACUUUUCUAUGAGUUUUGCACCACAGUUGCGGUACAUACGUGGUCCACCGCCAAUAUGAGCGGCAGUAAGCCUGUAUAGCUGUAUUUUAAGUAGGGAAAUAUUGUCUUAUUAAGCAGAGUUAAAAACAGCCAGGGAAUAAAUGUUUUAAGUUAACAUAAAUAAAUAACAAAUUAAGUUUAUAUGUUAAGGUUUAUUGUUAACUUAGCAGUAAUACAGCAAGGGGACAAUACAAUUGGAGCCCCACGCAUUCAUCAUGAAAGCGAAUUAUGAAAAUUCACAGCUCGGUUGGCGCUGCUGAAGCGUUUUACGUCACAUCAAUUCGGUCAACUCGAUCGAAACAGACCAGCUAACUGCUAGAGUUCAAUGGCAGUGCGGAAAUGCCGAUAUUUGUUUUGUAAUUUGAGUUUAGUAUUAAAAAGUGAGGUUAAGUGAGAUUUACUUAUUUUAUUUUUAUUUUUAUUAUACUUAUUCUAUACUUUUAGUGAAUUGAACUAAUUUUGAAUUUUUUUUUGCUAAUUUUUGCGCUAUAUAUUUUAAGAUUUCUCUCAAC